AUGAAGUUGAGCGACGCACCAUCGGAGCUGACAGAAGCUAAAUGCAAGAUCGUGUACAACAUCCGCGACCCCAAAGAUGUAGCUGUGUCUCUGUACAACGCCUACCUUGAAGGACAACACACCUGUUAUACUGGAUCUUUUGAGGACUUUUUGCCUCUCUUUUUGGAAGGCAAGGUUGACUGUAACGGCCUGUUUGAACACUGGAGAGAUGCCGAUGUGUUCUUCAAAGCCCACCCUGAUAUCCCCGUUUAUAUUCAAGUCUACGAGGAGGCGCUGAAGGAUCCUUUCGGCGCGGUACAGAAGCUGUCGGAUUUUCUUGAACUUGAAAGAAACGACGACUUGUGUCGUGACAUUGCCGAGAAAUGUCACUUCUCAAAAAUGAAAGUGGACAAGGACAAAUUUUCAAUGAAGUUUGGGAGCAAAGAUAUUCAUUACAGAAAAGGUGUUUCUGGGGACUACCGGAACUACUUCAACGACCGCAUGCUGGACGACUACUACAACGUCUACAAAGAGAGGCUAUCAGGAACGAGGUUCUACCUCCAGUACCUUUACAACUCUUAA